AUGGCUUACAAUCAUAGAGCCAGUCAGCAAUUCUAUGGCGGCCAACAGCAGAGCCGAAAUCGCAAGAAGGAAGAUGACAGCGAUGCUUUGAUGCGCCUGCCAGACAAGGAAAUCGCAGGAUGUAUAAACGACAUUGGCGUUCCUUUUACGGCGGCAGAUCUUCUCAAGCCAAACCCACAGCAGAUUCAGAUGGUGCUGGAAUGGUUCGCGGAGCUGCUGAUGAAUACCACCAGGGAGACGGUCGACCCGGCAAUGCGCGCGGCUUAUCAGGAUAUUGCAGGGGACUAUCCAGAUAUUAUCCCUAGCGAAACGCGCAAUUUGAUGGGCUUCUUUCUGAACCUGCGUCGCCUGAUGAUCGAGUGCGGUGUGAAUGAUUUCACUUUUUCCGACCUGACGAGACCUACCCAUGACCGCUUAGUGAAGAUUUUUUCGUACCUCAUCAAUUUUGUGCGAUUCCGGGAAUCCCAAACCGCCGUCAUUGAUGAACACUUCAACAAGGCCGAGCGCGCCAAGGCGCGUAUCGAGACCCUUUAUGCAGAGAACCAGGAGAUUGAAGAACGGGUGAACGAGAUACGGGCCAACCAACGGGCCCUCGAGAGCCAAGUGAGAGAGAAGACACAGCGCAACGAUGCGCUAAAGGCCCGUUUAUUAGUGUUGAGCCGAAAUCAGGAAAAGAUCGCGGAAGAACUUGAACGAGUGAAGACGGAUAAGGCCAAGAGACAGACCCUUCUCGAGGAGAAGGUGGAAAAGGCAAUACGAGCGCGGCAGGAAAUUGAGAAACUCCGUCCAUACGUCCAACAAAGCUCUGCAAGCCUACAAGCUUCGUUAACGGAAUUAUCCGAGAGCUUGGCUCGCGAAAAAGGUCAAGUGGAUACAAUGGAACGUCGUUUAAGAGCUUUGCAAACGUCCACGGAUACCUUCAAUGUUGUUGCGAACGAGGUCCAAGCCUGUGUCAAGGUUCUCGAAGAUAUUUCCGUCGAGCUUCAGAAGGAAGAAGAAGAAGAAGCAAGGGCCACGAGAAACAAGGAUGCGAUAUCCGAGCGUGGUAACAACGUGCGCGAAGUUGCUCAAACAGAGAAGUUAUUACAGCGACAACUGGCACGAUGGAACGAGAGGAUUGAGGCUCUUCGCAAAAACAGCCAGGAAAAGCAAGAGAUUGCACAAGCUCGAAUGGAAGAACUUCGCAAUACCCAGAGACAACUAAGAGAAGAAAGGGCAGAGAAACAGAAAGCGAUGGAAAUCAAGCGGAUAAGAAUCGAGCAAACGGAGAAGAAGAUGGCGGACUUGAAAGAGAAUAUCGAGAACGAGAUCCACAGAGCCCAUGACGAGUACUUGAAGAUGGAGUCGCAUAUAAAGCUUUAUAUCACCGAAAUGGAAAAGUCUCUAUAA